AGGUUGGAACUUGGAAGGGCCUCCAAGAUCAACUCCAUUCAUUGAGGCCAUUCUCUUGAGGCUUGAGCGAGACAGAGAGAGGGGGGGCAUGGAGAUGGAGGUCCCGACGAGUGCUUCCAUGGGUGCCAUGGGGUCGCUUCUCAGGAAGCUCCAUGUACUACUCACUCCCGAAUACCAGCAGCUGAUAGAGCCAGUGAAGGACGGGAUCGAGCUCCUCCUACAAGAUCUGGAAGCCGUAAAGGCCGCCAUGGUGGAUCUGUCAGAGAUGGAGACUCCAACCAUGAUGGCGAGGCACUGGAUGAACGAGGUUCGUGACCUAUCUUAUGACAUUGAGGACUACAUCGACAAUACGAUGGACUCCUGCUCUAAUUCAGGUGCAGAUUUGGAAUCAUUCGACUGCGGCCGAAUUGGGGAAUUUGGAGCUUCUAUUAAGGAGGCCCGGCAACGGCACGAGAUCUAUGAGCUUGGCCGUUGCACAUCGAGAUUUACCUGUCCCCAAAUUCCAGCGCCAAACUGGAAGGGGAUAAACCUUGUCGGCAUGGGGAAAUCCAAGGUCGAGCUUACCAACAAGCUCACCGACGGUUCCUUGCCUCAGCUGAAAGUAGUAUCCAUUCUUGGAUGUGCAGGUGUGGGCAAGACUGCGCUUGCCAAACAAGUGUUCUGCGAACUUCGAGGGCGAUUCGAGUGUCGAGCUUUUGUGCAGGUCUCAAGGAUGCCAGAUACCAAAAGGCUUCUUCGAAGCAUGCUCUCACAAUUUCGACGCCAUAAUCGACUACCGGCUGAUCGCUGCACAGUGCAAGACCUUAUUGACAACAUUCGUGAUCAUAUUCAAGAUAAGAGGUAUUUCAUUGUAAUUGAUGAUUUAUGGGAAACAACAUCUUGGGAUAUCAUUAACAGUGCUUUUCCCAAGGGACAGGACUGUAGUAGAAUAUUAAUGACAACAACUAUUGAGGAUGUAGCUCUAGAGUGCUGUGAUUAUCAAUCUGACGAUAUCUGUAAGAUGAAGCCUCUUAGCAGAGAUGACUCUCUAAACUUGUUCUUGAACAGUGCAUUCGGCUCUGAACAAAAUUGUUCUGAACGGUUGAGGGAAGUUUCAACUGAAAUUGUCAGAAAUUGUGGUGGGCUGCCACUAGGAAUUAUCAAUAUAGCCAGACUUUUGGCGAGCGAAGUGGACAACUUGGAGCUAUGGCACCAUGUGCAGAAACAUUUAUCUUCUAGUAUGGCAACAAAUCACACUUCAGAAGACAAGCUCAGAAAUAUAGUCCGCCUUUGCUACAGAUGUCUUCCCUGUCGUUUGAAGACCUGUCUGCAAUAUCUUACAAUGUAUCCAGAGGGGUGCAUAAUCUGGAAGGCCGAUUUGGUAAAACAAUGGACUGCUGAAGAUUUUAUCAGGGAAACAGAAAGGGAAGAUGCCAAUGCAGUAGCAGAUAGCUAUUUUGAUGAGCUUGUCAGCAGGGGAAUGAUGCAACCUAAUAACAGAACCUACAGUGACAUGGUGUUGUCUUGUACAGUCCAUCACAUGGUAUUUGAUGUUGUCAAGGACAUGUCUGUUGAAGAGAACUUCACCACUGCAUUAGAUUACUCUCAACCUAUUACAAGACUUAAUUUCAAGGUCCGUCGAUUGUCUCUCCAUGUCAGCAAUACCAAAUAUGCAACAAAACCGGUGCACAUAUCACUGUCACAAGCUCGGUCACUCAACUUCUAUGGACUAGCUGAGUGUCUGCCUUCGACUUUGCAGUUCAAGCAACUUAGAGUUCUAAUACUUGAAUUUUGGGAUGAUCAAGAGGAGUUUGAUCUCAGAGGAAUUUUCAGAUUGUUACAACUGAGAUACGUGCAGGUUACAACUGAUAUGAUCGUUAAGCUACCAGCCACCGUACAGAGCCUACAAUAUUUGGAAACACUGCAACUAAAUGCAAGAGUAGCGAAUGUUCCAUCGGAUAUUGUUCAUCUCCCGAAAUUAUUGCACUUACGUCUUCGAGAUGUGGCAAAUCUGCCUGACAACAUUGGCUGCAUGGCAUCUCUAUGCACGCUAGAGUCAUUAGACCUCAGCAAUAACUCUGAACAAAAUGUGUGGGGUCUUGGAGAGAUGACGAACCUGCAAGAACUUUAUCUCAACUGCUCUACAGAAUUGUCUGGCCGCCUGAAGAGAAAUCUUACCGCUCUAGCUUCUUCUCUAGGGAAACUUCGUAAACUAAGAACUCUUAUUCUGGCUCCUUCUUCAGGCACGAGCAUGUACAUGGAUUGCUCGAGCAUCGUUUCAUCUCCGCCCCUCUGUCUUCAGAGACUUGAGUUAUUACCUACCAUUUGCAUCUUUUCCAGACUGCCCAAAUGGAUCGGACAGUUAAAGAGACUCCGCAUUCUGAAAAUUGUUGUUAGAGAACUGCUAUGCAGUGAUGUUCAUAGCCUCACAAUGUUACAGGAGCUCACUGUUCUCUCAUUGGAUGUCCAGCAAUCCACUGAAGAAACAAUUGUCUUUAACGACAAGGCAUUCCCAGUUCUCAAGUAUUUCAAAUUCAGAUGUGGUGUGCUGCGUCUUGCUUUUCAGGCGGAGGCAAUGCCAAAUCUCCGGAAGCUCAAGAUAGAAUUCAAUGUCCACAGGGGGGAACAGUAUGGUGAUAUUCUUACCGGCAUUGAACACCUGUUGAACCUUCAAGAGAUCAUUGGACAAAUUGGAGCUGCUGCGGGUGCAGAGGAAUCUGACAAGAGAGCCGCUGAGUUUGCGUUAAGUGAUGCCACUAAGAAGCAUUCGAGGAUUUCUAGAUUCAACAUACGAUGGAUUAAUUGUGUUGAAGAAGAUGUCAGGGUUUCCAAGAUUUCAGAUUUACAAGGAAUAUCUUCAAGUUCAGAUGAAGAAAAGCAAAAGGCUAAUGAGCCAAGUGGGACAGAUAUUACGAUUGAGGACGAGUCGCCAUUUUCUCACGAGCCAAAUUAUGAUGUUCCACGGGCAUACAAGGCAGAGAUAGAAAGCGAAGAAGUUCCUCACGCGGAAUUAGCAGAUGCCUCUCGCACAAGCGAUUCAAUCGACAAUCGUCGACGGCAACGCCGGUCAAUCGAGCCUUCUUUCUCCCGCGAUCGCCUCAGCCAGCCGAGGAAGCACUCGGUCGCGUCCGCCGUGCCAAAGUUCGGCGAGUGGGACUCGCCGCUCCGCCCGGCAGACAACUACACAAGCAUCUUUAACAGGGCGAGGGAAGAAAAGCGUAGUCAGGUAGAGAAGCCGUCGGUGUUUGACAAGGAUGACCUACUGGUUAGAAGAACCAGAAAUCGCAACGACGGCCACGCCUCCACGAAAUGCUCCUGCUUUGGAUGGUGCAAAUAGAGAUGCAUCGACGUUAAAGGCUGUGUUUAAUAAGAGAGGAAUAGAAAAGAUUGAGGCAUUUAGUCAGGCUGUUAAUUAUCAAUUUUGGGCAUCAGCGGCACCAUAUCCGCCCAUGGUGAGGCGAACCAGGCAGCGGCGGCGGCUGGCUGGGAAUGGCUGCGACGUGCGAGGAGAGGAGGUGUUGGUCUGGCAGCGGGAUAUAUACGGCACGCCCAGCCUCCUAGGCGUCGGAUUUGAAGGAAGGCGAGAUAAGGGAAGACGGGCGACGGCGCGCGGCAUGCGGCGUCUGCUCGUCAUCUCUGUUCUCCAGCUCCGCCGCGCGCGAAGACCUCCUUGCAGGUACCUCCCUAUGGUGGUCAGCGUCCACCACAACCAAACCAGCCAUUGAUGGGGAUGGAGGGGGACGCGGACGGACGGACGGACGGAGGAGGCUGGCGCCAUCGCGGCGACCACAGGCUCCGAGGAUGGGACGAGCUCCUGCGGCUGCGGCAACAGGAGAGCCGACGCCUGUAGAUAUUUUGUUUUCUUUUUCUUUUCUCUCUCUCUCUCUCUCUCGCAUUUUGCAGCAUGAGCCUGCUUCACCAUACCCAAUUUUUUUAUACGUGAUUCACUGUAUCAUUGGAUACACAUAUCACAUGUAUCAAAUUGCAAUCCAGUGGAGUAAAAAAAAAUUACUAUUGAUUUUAUUGUC